AUGUCCGGGGACGUCUCGGGUCAGGCUUCUGAUGUGCAGAGCCUUCUCCAUGAGGCCAGAACACUCGUAGCUCAGCUCUAUGAUCCCGCAAACACCGGCAACCCCGCCAAGAUCAAGGCGAUCCAAGACCAUCUACAGAUCCUCCAGAAAAGUCCCCAAGCCUGGCUUAUUGCCAAUGAUCUUCUCACGGAUGAUGCCACGGGCUCAAGAUUCUUCGGCGCAUUAACCUUCACCGUUAAAAUUAACCAUGACUGGCAACAAUUAAGUGAGAUUGAAGCAAAAGAGCUCCUCGCACGUUUGAUUGACCACUACAUCCUCUUGGUAAAUGGAGGGGAACAGCCUAUGGUCAUACGGAAGCUGGCGACCAGUCUGGCUAAUAUUUUCCUCAAGCCCAAUGCGCCUUGGGGACGUGCGGUGCUCAACCUAGCAGCUUCUUUCGCACAUGGCAGCUACUUGCCAGAAGAUCAAUGUUCAUCUGUUGAUUUGCAAGCUGCCAUACUCCCUGCGCUAUCUGAAAGACAGGUGGUGACUUUGUUAUAUUUCUCCAAUAUACUUGCGGAGGAGAUAGGCCGAUGGAGCUCGGAGUCUCGACGAGGUGCAGACUCUAGCCGGAUUGCAGACAAUAUCAAGGACGCCCUCUCUCUUGUCGAAUACGUUCUGCACCGUAUUCUCCAACAGGAAUCUUCUGGUACUCCUGUGUCGGAUGGAGCGGCAGGAAUAGAAGCAAUAAAUUCUUAUCAGUCAUGGAUGUCCGUCCGAGCAGGAUUUCAAAUGCGUGAUACAAUCUCGGCCGUGCAGCUUUCUCCCACCACGAAUUAUGUGAUCCAAAGCAUGGGGGUCUCCAGUUUAGCUCGGACGGCAAUGCAAGUUUUGGUUGAACUGAUAGAUUGGCGGGACAGCAUCUUCACCGCUGAGCACAUCGACUCCAUUCUGGAAUUUAUCGUCAGUGACUUUGGCACGGCUCACAUUGCCUCUCUAAUGGAUGCCGAUUUUGAAGACGAAAACAUGACAUUCUUGGAACUUCUAUUGGCGUAUGCUACGCUCAAGCAAAAAAUGCUCUUGACACAGCCGUUGGAUGAGAAGCACGAGAAGGUCCUAGCCUUGAUUCACACCUUGUUGAAAGCUCCCGGGUAUGCUGCAGUUGACGAUUCGGCGUCGCCGAUCGCUCUUGAAUGGUGGACUGAAGUUGCCGACUAUAUGCAAGAAAUCUACCUUGACUCGGAAGACCAAGCCAAUCUGGGCCCUGCGAAACAGAAUCUGGCUCGUGCCGCCAUGGACUGUUUUGAAAAGCUAAAGUAUCCGUCUCCGCAAGAACUGCAAGAGUGGAGUGAUGACGAUCGCAGUGAAUUUGCUGCGUUUCGUCGCGACGUCUGUGACUUCUUACUAGCAGUGUAUCCAAUUCUCGGGGUGGAUCUGGUCCGGGUUUUCCAAGAGCAAGCGCGGUCCUCGCUGAUGCAGCAAGACUGGAGGACAUUUGAGGCUGCAGUGUUCUGCCUCGGACAGCUUUCUGAAGCUGUGGAUGAAAACCAGCAUGCGGAUGAAUGUCUCAACGCAAUCUUCUUUUCCGAGGAUUUUGCUCGCUUAUGCGAGAGUAGAGACGUCAAGAUUCCAGACAGGUCUCGCCAAACGUUGGUAGACAUGCUGGGAAAGUACCAAUCGUAUUUUGAACGGACUCAUGCUUUACUCCCCCGAGUCUUGACCUUCCUCUUCGCGUCCCUCGAUGUUGCGUCGUGUGCUCCAGUAGCAUCCAAAUCGAUAUCCUAUCUUUGCAAGUCAUGCCGCAACGCACUUACAAUGGAGCUUCCAGUUUUCUUGGACCAGUUCGAGGCCUUCCGGUUCAAGCCUACGGCAACAUCUCUUACGAUGGAAAGGGUCCUGGAAGGUAUCGCUGCGAUCAUACAGACCUUGCCUGCGGAUGAAGAAAAGGCACGGUAUCUGGAGAGAAUCGUCAAAUUCUUUCACGAACAAGCAGAGAUCGCGCGAGACGAAGCCGCUCGUGGCCUUAUAGAGCCUGCCCAGAAUCGCGGCCAGUUUGCGCUACGCUGCAUUGCAAGCGUCGGAAAGGGCCUUCGAGCGGACCAUGAGAUCGUCUUGGAUUCAAGUGACACCGGACACGGCGGCCCUUACCCACCUACAUUCUGGAAUGCUGGGAAUGGCGCUGCGACUCAGAACCUAAUCAUGCAAACCAUGCAACUCCUCAUGACCGACUUCCCCUUCGAUGUGGCCAUUAUUGAAGCAGUAUGCGACAUAUUGAAAGCGGGCUACACCGAACGGACAGGACCAUAUGUGUUCCCUCCGAUGGUUACCGUUAACUUUGUGAACAGCAUACCUCCGGGUAGCACUGGUAUUGAUAUGGUCAUGGGCACUGCGUCCGCGUUCUUGGCUUCGCAUAGCGCACAUCCUGAAAGCAUUCGUGCCGAGGCAGUUGCUUUGAUUGUGCACGUCUAUGAAACUUUCUGCUGGAUGCAUGAAAAACCAGAGUUUUACGAUCCUGAAGUUGCCAACGGCGGGAUCGAUUUCCUCACUCGCUUGCUUCCCAAGUACCACGAGUUCCUUUUCUCCCUGACCGGAGCUCCGCCCGCGUCCGAGCCAGCCGGGACACAGCGACCGCCGGUUCUCCAGGCCAUCCUGAACUUUACUCUUCUCGCCUUGCAGGGCACAGAGCCGCUGCCACUUCGUUCAGCUUCGCAGUUUUGGGUGGGCGUGAUGAACCUGCCUGGCCAUGUGGAGACCAUCCAGAGUGCUCUCCGGGACAGUAUUCCUGCCUUAUGCCGUAUCUUGAUAACUCAGGUAGCCGGACGAUGCGCCCGAUCCGAUCUGGAACAUCUCUGUGAGGUGCUCCGAAAAGUGGUCUUCAAACAGCAGGCCCUCGCUCGUCCACAUUUAACCGCUGCCCUAGCCGAACUUGACAACCACCAAACCAGUCACAGCCCGGGCAACCUCCCAUCGGCGGAGGAGAGACAACGUUUCCUUGCGUCUCUCCUUGCUGCGAGGGGCGGCAAAGCACCAACCGUCUCCCUGACGCGGACGUUUUGGGUAAAAUGUCGUGGGGCGGGCUUCGACUAUAUUGGGUAG